UUUUCUUUCCCUUUGUUUCCUUUUAUUCUUCCUUCAUUUUUUACCUUUUAUCUCCUAUCAACCACACUUUUUCUCUUCUUGCUCGUUUGCUUGAUUCGACGUCCGUCCUUUCUGUUACUACAAACAAACCCGUUAAAUACUAGAUUCUUUUUUCAACCAUAUUAGUUAUUCACACCAUUGACUAUGGGAGCACAUACCAUCAGUACACAUACCGUCAAGGACGGAGUAACCACCACUAUCCUUACUCGAACAACCACCAUCGUGUCUGAGCAUGAAGAGAUCCUCGAGGGUCAUGAAGAUGAAUCUCAUGGUAUCGUCGAAAAUGUCCGCAGGACUUUCCGUGAUUACUGGUUCCCUGCUCAUACCGAAGAUGAUGACGACACUGAGGAGGACCAUGAAAUCCACCACGACCCAUCUUUGCUUAAACACAACAGCGUCCUCAAACGCGCCUAUGAUUACUGGAAAUCCCUUACUCAGGAUGCAGACGAGGCUGCUAAACAGGCGGUCCUCGAAGCCAGGAAGGCUCGCGACGAGGCUGCUGCAGAGGCCAAAUGGGCUUUUCUAGGUUACAAAAAGGAGGCGCGCGAGGCAUAUGAGGCUGCUGAGAAAAAGUACAGAGAAGCUCUUGCUAACGCAGAACGCAUUCAUGAGGAGGCUCAUGAAAAGGCAAAGUCAAAAUGGUUCCAGGCUCUCGAUACGACUGAGCGUGAAGUGGGCAAUAUUAAGGACCAAGCAGCUGAUAUCACGCACCAAAAGUGGGACCGCUUCAAGUCCGCCGUCAAUUCCCUGGCAUACAAUCCUCCAAAGUACGGUUGCGCACCAAGUUCGCAGUACUGGUUCUCACGCCACGAGCCCUCUGCCUGGGACUGCAGGGAGGUUUGGGAGCACCCCAAUCGACAUGAUCACCGUCAUCAGUCCAUCAAGGCCCUGCCCAAGAAACAGCUGACCAAAGACAAAGUUCAUGAUACCUUGACCGGUUUGUUCCAUCAGGCUGAAAGCAAGAUCCAGAACGCUCCUUCGCUCACAUCCUUCGACUCGAUCCUGAAGCCUGUAAAGGACCAAUACCACAACCUCCUGGAUCGUGUCUUACGUAAUGAGCAUGGUGCUAUUGAGGAACUGGACGAGUUCUUUGAUAAGACAAAGGCCAAGCUGAAUGAGGCCAAGUACUAUGAAGAACAGACUGACUCCUGGUUGACUUCACAGUGGAACUCUAUUGUUGACAAUGCUGGUGACUUUAAGGAUCAGUAUGAGCACGCAUUCAAGAAUACGAUCAAGAGCAUCAAGAACGCUCGUGCUGAGAUUUACAACUCACUCAUCAAUAACCUGCAGCGAUCCCUCACUGUCGCCCGAAAUAACAUCCAUGAGGCUUACCAAGCCACUAAAGAUCAGGCUGACAAGUCUAGACUCCGCAAAGCCAUCCAUGAUGCCACUGAAUCGUUCUCUCAGACCGUUAAGGAGACCGAGACCAAGAUCAAGUCUGCUCCCAAGAACGCUUAUCAUCAUGCCAUUGAGGCCUUCAACCGUGACACAGCUCACCUCAAGGCUAAGCUCGAGCACGCUGCCCACAUUGCCUCCAAGUCGGCUUCCUCAGCCUCUCAUCAUGUCUCAAAGUCCGGCUCUUCUGUUAUUCACCAUGCCUCCAAGUCUGGCGCCUCACUAUCGGCUCAGGCAUCCAAAUCCGCCGAGUCUGUCUCUGGACAUGCUUCCAAAUCGGUGUCAUCUGCUAUUAACCAGGCCACUGAUGAUGCCAAGAGUGUUAUUGAUGAGGUCCAGAGAUCUGCUUCGAACAAGUACUACGCUGCUUCUGAUAAGGCUCGUCAUGGUUAUGAACACGCCACUGCCUCGGCCAGUUCAAUCUGGAGCUCAGCCACUCCCAUUGCAUCAUCAAAGUUCCAUCAAGCUCAGGAUCAGUACUACAAGCUUGUAGGAAAUGUUCGCGGUCAUUGGUUUGAUCAAAAUGAUCGUGGUGAGAUGUCGGCUAGCUCUGUCUAUGGUGCUGUCUUGUCUUUGUACUUUAUCUUCUUGGCGCAACGCAUCUGGCGUAGCCGACGUCUUACUCGUUUGGCGGAUCCCAGCCGAACAACCGUUACAGUUGUCACGACUGAAUCUGAGAAACACAAUCUCCAAAAUGGCGAUCAUGUUGCGAGGAUUGAAAAGUUCAAGAGCAAGCCCAGUGCCGAAGAUCUGUUUGAGACUGAGCGCAACUUGUUUGGAAAUGUCCUGACUCAAUUCACCUCUGUUGUCCCUGUUUCUCUGAUUCUUCUUAUCCUCUUGGAACUUGGUGGAUUUUCUCGCGUUGCCUUGCACACCCUCUUUGUUGGUUUGGUGACUUCACAAGUACUUCAGGGUGGCUUGUUGAAUGAUGUUCUUGUGCAAUUGGGAGUUGUUGAUGGAGUCCAUACCUCUGGUCGUGAACUUGGAACAAUCAUGUCAUGGACCGUUCUUGGACUUGCCGCUGUUGCCAACGCCAUCAAAGCCAUUCAUGAUUAAAAAAGAAAAAAAA